GAGAUGCACGUACGUAAGAGUAUUUAUAUAUAGAUACCUUUGUCUGCAUAUAUCAUAUAGAUACCCUUUAUUAGACAGGUUGUGUCUGGAGGCUUCGAGAAGUGUGUACGACGUAUCCCCACGAAAUGGAGGGUAAUAAUUUGUUGAGAGUGAGAAAAGGUGCAUGGACUAGAGAGGAAGAUGAACUUCUCAGGCAAUACAUUCAACAGUACGGUGAAGGAAAAUGGCAUCAGGUUUCUCUCAAAGCAGGCUUGAACAGAUGCAGGAAAAGCUGUAGACUGAGGUGGUUGAACUACUUGAGGCCAAAUAUCAAAAGAGGAGACUUUACAGAAGAUGAAGUGGAUCUCAUGGUUAGGCUUCGAAAGCUUUUAGGAAACAGGUGGUCGUUGAUUGCUGGAAGAAUUCCUGGAAGAACAUCAAACGAUGUGAAAAACUACUGGAGCACCCGACUAAGGAAAAAUAAGUCUUCUGAGGCCGAAAAAGAUAAAACCCUAGAAACAACAAAGACAGUAAUAUUAAGGCCUCAACCACGAACCUUCUCCAAAAAGUCAAAUUGUUUGAGUAGCCCAGCUCCAACUUUACAGCAUAUUCAAUUACAAGAGAAUUUUAACUGGCCAUUGCCAUCAUCACCGCCUAUAGAAAAUGGAAUUGAUGAGUGGAAAAGCCAAUUAGCUGAUACGAACAGUGUUGAAAGAGCAAUGUGUUCUGGUUUUCAGUUGGAGGAAGAUUUCUUCACAAACUUUUGGGUUGAGAAUAUAGCCCAAAACACAGGAACUGGUGUAAAUUCUGCUGACGAAGGCCUGCUGAGUUACAGUGACUUCUCUUUUCAUCUUUGGAAUUUUUCAAAAGAAAAAUAGGGAGAGAACUAAGUUUCAGAGGGUCUAUGUCUUCCCAGUAGAAUUCUUUUGCAUCUCUUUUUAAACAUUUAUUUCUGUUGAAUUCUUUUGCAUUGUAAUAUUCUGUAAUAACAUUUUCUAUUAUGGUAGUCAAAUAAAUAAUAUUCUAGUUUAUCAACAAAAAUAACUAUUACAUAUAUACCUGAAUAUAUUACCAUAUACGUUUUUUAUUUAUGCAAACGAUAUUGGAGAAGGAGAGAUUCAAACACAAGACCUCAAUUGCAUGGCUAACUGCUCUUAACCCAACUCAGUGCAUGCAUUUAUUGAAAAUUGAAUAAGUAGUUUCUUGGAGACUUAUGUACUGUAAUGCCCCUGAAACUUCGGUCAAAUAUCACUUUACCACUCAAAGUUAUAGUGACCCACUUAACCUCCUUGACCAUGAUUUCGUGUUCCACUUUACCCGCACUGUUAUCUCCAUUAAUAACUUUGUCAGUUUUGAUGAUGUGGAUAUUUUAUUUUUUUACUACAAGUGAUGAUGUGUCAUGUGAAUGUCCCCCCCUUUUUUUUUUUGUGUUUAAAUUGAAUUAAAUAUAAAAUAAUAUAAUAUAAUGACUUGUUUAAUU